UUUUUUCUCCCGGCUGUGAUUUCUCCAACUUUUUUCUCCCUGCAGGACUACAGAGAGAGAGAGAGGGAGAGGGGGUGAACGGUCUGGCUGCUUGAAGACAAGAUUAGUUUCGACACCGAACUCGGGACGCCAUGGACGCGCACCGCGACGCGCCCCCGGCCGGGCAGCAGAUCGUGCACGUCCGCGGGGACUCGCAGAGGGAGCUGGAGGCCCUGUUCAGCGCCGUGAUCAACCCCAGCAAGGCGGCCCGGCAGCCGUCCUCCCUGCCCAUGAGGAUGAGGAAGCUGCCGGACUCCUUCUUCAGGCAGCCGGACCCCCGAGGCCACUCCAGACAAGCCAGUUCGGAUGGGGGUGUGUGCGGCUCCCUCACCCCUCAUCACGUCCGCGCCCAUUCCUCGCCCGCCUCCCUCCCAGUCAACUCGCUCUCCACUCAAGCGGCGGAUGUGGCAGCGGCGCCGAUCAUACCUGACGACAUGCCACUCCCCCACGGUUGGGAAAUGGCCAAGACGCCUACCGGCCAGCGCUAUUUCCUCAAUCACCUGGAGAAGACAACCACCUGGCACGACCCCCGCCUGGCGCAGCUGCAGUCGGCUGCGACGCAGCACCCGAUCUCCGGCACUCCGAUCCAUGCCCACUCGCUCAGCAACCCAGCCCCCACCACGCAAGCACAAAGCAUCAAUCCAGAGACAGGUCCACUGCCUGAAGGCUGGGAGCAGGCUGUGACUGCAGAUGGAGAGGUGUACUACAUCGAUCACAUAAAUAAGACCACCACAUGGGUCGACCCGCGUCUAGCCCAGAAAAUGAACCCUGGUCUCCUUGGGUUGGCAAUGCAGCAACGGCAGGAAAAGGAAAGGCUCAGGUGCAAGCAAGGCCUCCCUCCACAGGAGGCAGGAGGACGGAGCCAGAUGCCCGGCGGGAUGGACCACGACAGGAGCUCGCAAACACUCGUCCCACCUCUGGAUGUCAGGAUUAGAGCCCCGAGCUACGAACCCACCCUCAAUGGCGCUCACUCUCGCAACGAGAGCACCGACAGCGGGCUGAGCGUCAGCAGCCUUCCCCGCACGUCGGACCACAUGCUGAGCUCCGUGGAUCAAAUGGACACUGGUGAGGGCAGUGACCCCCCCUCGAUGGCCCUGCAGGAGUCUAUGCCGGUGCUGCCCAUGUCUGAGGGCGAGGAGCUCAUGCCCUGCAUUCCCGAGGGUCUGAGUUCAGACCUUCUGAUGGACAUGGAGACUGUUUUCUCGGGGUCGCACAUGGACAAAGACAGCCUGCUCACCUGGCUAUAGACACACACAGCCCAGUGGUCAAAUGUGGUUUGGCCUUGCAAUUUUCAAAACCGGACUGAAGAUUCUCGAGGAUUUGGGCUUCAAAAGUGGUACAGAAAAGAAAAAAAAAACUUGCAGAGACUAUAUGCUACUUUUUUUCUUUUUUUUUUUUUUUUUUUUUUUGCAAUGGAUACUUAACACUACUCACACCCCCGAGGAAUGAAAAACCUGACUUUCAAAGAAGGUGGUAAGCUGCUGGUGUUUUCCCUCUUUUUCUGGACCUGGUUUUACAGAGAUCUGCUGCGGAGCAUCCACAGUUUUCAGCACUCCCUGUAACCUCAGAUGAUUCUCUGCAUGUUCCUCAUUAAGUGUAUCACAGCUAAUUUUAGAGCACAGAUUUCUUUGUUUUUUCCCGCAAAGAACUGGUAUGCAGCAAGCAUUUGAUUCUGAAGAGUCAGAAACGGAGUAAGAUUCAAGUCUGGGGUGGAAAAAAAAAGAUAAAUAACCCCAGUUACGCUCAGAUAUGAGUUGCAGGAAAACAGCUGCUUUCAGUGGUGUUACUUUGAAGUGAUGUGCAUGCAUGCAAUGUGAAAAACCAAGUUCAGAAGAAAGAGAAGAAUGAAGUUGUUGCAAAAACCAAAUGUCUGCUGAAAGAACACUAAAACCUUUCCCCAUCGCUCCUGCUGCACCAAAACACUAAAACAGGAAAGGGCGCGCCCUUGUGGUGAAACAGCACAGUGAUGCAAGAGUCGUUCGCUCCCAAACCUUCUGAGUAAAAAAUGCACAGCUCUCCAAAAAUGCAAUAUUUAAAGGGCUUAAUCAGAAUCCCUUAGUUUUAUAACAUCAUUUUAAAAAUUAAUGCCUUUGUAAAACACUAACUUUUUUUUAAAGCUAAGCCAAUAUUAUAGUCUUUUUCAAGGCUCUUUUUUUUCCCACACAAAGGAGUAUAUAAAGAUUCCCCCCAGCACAGUGGAUUCUUCAAUCAUUUAAAAGAAUGUUGUGCAGGAAACACUGCAGCAGCAUUAGAAGAGGGG